AUGCAGUUAGAUAUAGAUGGCCUAAAAGUGCUGUUCCCGUACGAUUAUGUCUAUCCGGAGCAGGUUUUGUAUAUGAAAGAAGUCAAAAAGGCCCUAGAUGCCAAUGGUCACGGCUUGCUAGAAAUGCCGUCAGGAACUGGAAAAACGGUUUCCCUCCUCUCCCUGGUGCUCUCUUAUAUGAUCUCCUACCCCGAUCGGCUGGAUAAACUGGUUUAUUGUUCCAGAACGAUUCCAGAAAUUGAGAAAUGCGUUGAGGAGAUGAAAGUGCUAUAUGACUACUGGGAGAAGGAGACAGGGGUGCCGGUGGCGAAGAUUACUGUAGCAAUGAGUGCCAGAAAGAAUUUGUGUAUCAAUGAGAAAGUGGCAGCUUUGAGAUUUGGAAAUACGGUAGACUCGGCAUGCCAGAAGUUGACGUCUUCUUCGGUGCGAGCGAAACGACAAGAGAAUUCGGAAAUUGAAGGAUGCGAUUUUUUCGAAAACUUCGAGGCAAACGGGUUCCCAAUGCAGAAUGGGGUCUGGAACCUGGAGGAUCUACGUCAGCUGGGCAGAGAACGCAAGAUUUGUCCUUAUUUUACUGCUAGAAAUGCUAUCAACAGGGCUCAUAUCGUUGUCUACUCUUAUCACUAUAUUUUGGAUCCAAAGAUUGCUGAGCUGGUGUCAAAGGAUUUUAGUAGGAAGUCAGUUGUGGUUUUUGACGAGGCACAUAAUAUCGAUAACGUUUGUAUUGAGUCAAUGUCAGUGGCGAUUUCACAAAAGAACGCGGAUCGGGCAUUGCAGGAGCUCCAAAAUCUGGAACAAGUAGUGGGAAGGAUUAAAAGUGCGAAUUCGGAAAAACUACAAAACGAAUACGACAAAUUGGUUGAAGGGCUGAAACGAGCUGAAAGAGAGAGAGCAAACGACGAAAGGCUGGCGAAUCCAUGUAUUCCAGAUGAUAUUCUGAAGGAGGCGGUGCCUGGAAACAUUCGGCAGGCGAAUCACUUUCUUUUGUUCUUGAAGCGAUUCGUGGAGUAUGUUAGGCAUCGAUUGAGAACGCAUCAGGUCCUCAUCGAAAGUCCAGCCGCAUUCAUGAAAGACAUCCAAGAACGUAUGUGCAUCGAACGUCGUCCAAUGCGAUUCUGCGCGGAACGCCUCGCGAAUCUCGUCAGAACCCUCGAAAUCACAGAUAACGGAGAUGUCUGGGCCCUCUCACAAGUGACCACAAUGUGUACACUGGUGUCAACCUACUCAAAAGGAUUCUCAGUCAUCGUUGAACCUCAAGACGGAAGUCAAAUGGCAACAAUCACUCUAUCCUGUCACGACGCUUCAAUUGCCAUUCGUCCAGUCCUCCAUCGUCAUCAAUCAGUAAUCAUCACAUCUGGAACACUAUCUCCUCUUGAAAUGUAUCCAAAGAUUCUGGAUUUCGAUCCAGCAGUCGUUGCUUCCUUCACUAUGACCCUGGCUAGACCUUGUCUUGCUCCACUGGUGGUUGCUCGUGGAAACGAUCAAGUAGCCAUGACCUCGAGAUUCGAGCAACGUGCCGAUGUUGCCGUAAUUCGAAAUUAUGGAAAUCUAGUGCUAGAAAUGGCAUCGUUAGUGCCAGAUGGAAUGGUUGUGUUCUUCACUAGCUACUUGUACAUGGAGAAUGUGAUUGGAGUGUGGUACGAACAGCAUAUUAUCGAUGAGCUCAUGAAGUAUAAACUAUUAUUCAUCGAAACGAACGAUGCGCUGGAGACAUCUGCCGCCUUGGAGAAGUAUGUGGAAGCGUGUGAUAGUGGACGAGGAGCUGUGCUGUUUUCGGUGGCGAGAGGAAAGGUGUCAGAGGGAAUCGAUUUCAGUCAUCAUUUGGGACGCUGCGUUAUCAUGCUAGGAAUUCCAUACAUGUACACUGAGAGUCGAGUCCUAAGAGCCCGGCUGGAGUACCUGAGGGACAGUUUUGGUAUCAGAGAAAACGAUUUCCUGACAUUUGACGCAAUGCGACACACUGCUCAAUGCAUGGGACGAGCUCUCCGCUCGAAAACCGACUACGGUCUUAUGGUUUUCGCCGAUAAGCGAUUUUCGCGACAGGACAAGCGAGGAAAGUUGCCACGCUGGAUGCAGGAGUAUCUGGAGACGGCGUCGACGAAUCUGAGCAUCGAUGAGGCGGCUCAGGUGGCGAGGAGAUGGUUGACACUGAUGGCUCAGCCAUUCGAGAAGGAACAUCAGUUGGGAGUGUCCCUUUUGAAUCGGGAAAUGGUUCAGGAUGGACAAACGAUGCGGCGAUUCGAGAGGGUUGUGGAAUAUGUGGAUUGA